ACGCUAGAUAAACUAGCGAAGAAGAUCAAUCAUAGUUAGAAGAAGAAGAAGAAGAAGGGGAAAUAAAUAAUAAAUAAAUAAACGGGAACAACGUUGCUGGCUAAAUUGGUAGUACUAAAUAGACAGUACAGCAAAACAUACGUUAUUGGGAUCACAGGGCCAGUAUGUAUAUGCUGUGAGAGAUUGGUAGACCAAGAUGCAACUGCUUCUGUGCACGGGUCAUGGAGAAAGCGAUAAAAUCAACAGGGUGCAAAGGGAACGUGUCCCCAAUAAAUUAUUUAAGAACAAUACAGAACAGCAAAGAGCAAACUAUGCAGAUCUCCAGCAAAGAGGGCAAAGCUGUAGGCUUUGUAUUGGUCCAUGCAGUCCACUGUUCACCAAAGGAGACCCGAGUGCAGAACUGAAUGUGGUAAUUGCAGUCCCAAGGCCAUAGCAGCAACCGUAGUCCCAGCAACCCCAGGGGGGCAGGGUAUCAUUCCGAAUCCAAAGCCAAGGAGUAUAAACAUGUGUGCAAAAGAGCCUGUCAGAAGGCCAUGGAGAGGUUGAGAGAUGGUGCCAUGGCAGUGGAGGCAGUGACUGCAGCUCUUAUAGAGCUAGAGGAUUCACCAUUCACCAAUGCUGGUACAGGCUCCAAUCUAAACCUGGCUGGGGAUAUUGAAUGUGAUGCCAGCAUCAUGGAGGGAAAAUCAUUAGAUUAUGGAGCAGUUGGUGCUUUAAGCGGAAUCAAGAAUCCAGUAUUGGUGGCCAGAACACUACUGAAUGAAGCACAGAAAGGGAAGCUUUCAGCUGGAAGAAUUCCUCCCUGUUUUUUAGCUGGAAGUGGAGCUCAGCAAUGGGCUGUCAGUCAUGGUAUACCUCCAUGUCCUUCAGAGAAGAUGGCCACCAAAUUUAGUUUGUCAGCAUACAAAAGGAAUAAACGAAAGAUGGAGAUGGCAGAGAAGUUGGAACCAGAAGAUAACUCUUUUAAGAGACGGCGACAAUCAAGUGGAACUCAGGUGAAUGAAAUGGUGGAUUUAGAGGAGCCUGCCUCCCUGGACACGGUUGGAGCUGUUGUUGUGGAUCAGCAAGGGAAUGUUGCAGCCGCUGUCUCUAGUGGAGGUUUAGCUAUGAAACACCCAGGGCGAGUAGGCCAGGCUGCUCAAUAUGGGUGUGGCUGUUGGGCUGAAAAUGCCCAUGAUGCUAGAACUUAUUCUACAGCCGUGAGUACCUCAGGAUGUGGAGAGCACCUGAUGCGCACCAUGUUAGCUAGAGAGUGUUCCACAGCUAUGCAGGCUGACAACGCUCAUCAGGCUCUCCUGGAGGCUAUGCAAAACAAGUUUAUUGGCUCACCAUUUCUGGCCAGCGAGGAUGGUGUUCUGGGUGGAAUAAUUGUUCUGAGAUGCUGUAGCUGUGGAGAGGACCACAGCUCUGACAAUUUGCCGGCCUUACUGGUGGAGUUCCUGUGGACUCAUACUACGGAGAGUAUGUGUGUGGGCUACAUGUCUGCAAAUGACAGGAAAGCUAGGGCUCAUAUAUCCAGACUGCCUCCUGGGGCUGUGGCAGGACAGUCACUAGCGAUUGAAGGUGGAGUGUGUCGACUGGGGGGUGUGGGUGACUGAACAGAGUAAAUCGCUUUUUUUUUUUUUUUGGAAACACAUAGCAAUAUGCAUAUGCUAAAGUCAUUAUUGACAAGUCUGGGGAAUGUGGCAUCAAUUAUGUAACAUAUAAAUGGUUUUAAUGGCUGAUGACCUAAAGCUACAUCUUGUUCAUUUUGGUCAUAAAGGAGUAAUUUUAUCAAUCAAGCUUUAGUCUUAAUCUUUAGUCUCUCUUUAAUAAGCUACACCGCUACAAGACGAACAGGCAAUAUUUAUAUAUGUUUGGGAGCAUGCAAGCAACAUGGAGGUAAACAGGACCUAAUUAUUGAAUAGGCGUUUUGCUAACAUACAGGCUGCUGCUCUUGCUUUGCACAGAGAAAUGUUUUUCAGUUGUAUUACUCGUAUAUAUUAUACAAUCCAUAUUUAUAUAUAUAUAUAU